CCCGGGCCAGCUCAUGUCCAGCCUGCAGCGUGUAAUGAUGAAAUCCAGACUACCGCCAAUGUGUCCGAAUCCACGGUUUCCCAAACCGAGCGACCGUGGCUUUCGACGUCAGACUGAUUACAAUCCAUUGAUGUGGGAUGAAUUCUUUGCCGAGAAGAAGGAUGUAGAAACAAGCAAGGGUAAAUUCAGGGUGUAUUUGUCCGCCCCUUCUGAACCCGGUGCACCGUUGCUGGUGUUGCUUCAUGGUGGAGGGUUUUCCGCACUGUCCUGGGCACAUUUCAGUAGUGAAGUCACAAAGCUGAUCCACUGCCAGUGUUUGGCGUUCGAUAUCCGAGGACACGGCGAUACGUACACGGAAGAAGAAGACGACCUAUCAGCAGAACGAUUGGCCACAGAUGUUGGAGACGUGAUCCAGGCGAUGUACGGCGAGUCGGCCCCACCAAUCAUUCUCAUGGGACACUCGAUGGGCGGUGCAAUAUGUGUGCAUGCGGCCAACAUGUUCGUACUUCCGUCCCUUAUCGGUGUGGUUGUGAUCGAUGUCGUUGAAGGGACUGCUCUGGAAGCACUGGCCAGCAUGCAGAGCUUCCUCCGUUCACGUCCAACCACCUUCAAAAGCAUCCAGCACGCGAUCGAGUGGUGCGUUAGAAGUGGACAGGUUCGAAAUGUGGAAUCGGCCCGUGUUUCCAUGCCAGGGCAAAUUAUUAACAUCGAAACAAAACAACUGGCAACGAACGAAUUGCCUCUCAAGGUGGACAGUUCCGCAGAGGAAAAGCUUGAAUUUAAACACCCGAAUGUGAUUGCAGAAGAUGCGGAAUCCGGCGAUACUGCAAGCUCCAUCGGGAAUGAUGAUUCUGCUGCCAUGCAACCACCGACCGCCGCCAUCAAUCUGCGAAAGUAUGCCUGGCGCAUCGAUCUCUCCAAGUCGGAAAAAUACUGGGAAGGAUGGUUUUCUGGACUGAGUCAAAAGUUUCUGGACGUCCACGUCCCCAAGCUACUGUUGCUGGCGGGCAUAGACAAUCUGGACCGUGCGCUGACGGUCGGACAGAUGCAGGGCAAGUUUCAGCUACAAGUACUUGCGCGCUGUGGCCACGCGGUACAUGAGGAUAGGCCGCACGAGGUGGCCGAAGUGUUGGCGACGUACUUGAUAAGAAACCGAUUCGCGCAACCGACAACCGACGGGCAGUUCCUGAGGCAUUUGCCGGCGUGUUAAACGCUUAGCAGCGCCAUUGUGAGUGUGUCGGUGUGUAUUUUCUCUCCUUAAAGUAAGAAAAUAAAUUUCUAUUUAUGAUUGUAGGCGCA